AUUUGUCAGUAGCUAGCAUUACUUAUAAAAUAUCUAAAAUUAGUAACUUCCCUUAGCCAAGUAAAAGAUAGAACGUCAAAUAAUGGAUUUGCUACAAAAAUGUAAGGAAUUCUUGGGUGAGCUACAAGAGACCAGCCAGGGCACAUUGACGGGCUUGAUAUAUUCGAUUCUAUUCUACUUUAUAUCCAAUGGCAAUCCUGCCAUAACCUGGCUGCCAUUUUGGAAAAAUAAGCAACCAAAAAUUGCGAAAAUAUCGUGGAUUGAUGGUCCAAUAUUGCAACCGUACAUUGAAACUAUACAAAAUUAUGAUCCAGAUAAAUAUAUGAAUCCAUUAAUGGAACCAGAGUCUCUGGAAGAAAUGGCCCCGCAGCUAUUUAAUAUCCAUAUAGCCAUGAUCGAGCAAAUAGGAUACUUUUACAUGGACACGAUGGCAGCAUUCGCAACGAAAGUAAGUCCAUACAUGGCCGCCCCAGCUAUAAGCCAUCAAUCCGAUUGCCUCAAUUGCAGCCUGGGUCCCGUAUUAAAUCAAACAUUAUUCUUUUGCUAUGUGCCAGGUGACAGACUGCAAUCGGCAGAAAAUACGAGACCGAAUAUCAAAUGGAUUUUCAUAUACUCACUCAUGUUAACUUUAGUUUUUUAUCACCUUUUCGAAACUUUCUUUGACAAAAUUGAUUGCUAUAUUUGUCGUCGCUGGAGUGCUGAUUAUCGACAAGCUCCACGAAAUAUUUGCAUUGUCAAUCCCCGCAACCAAAAUGCGAACCGACAUGCACUCAGGAACCCGCUCUCCAUGAACGAUGGGACGUACCAAACGAUCGGUGAAGUAGACUCCCAUGGAAGCCAAGGUUAACGCAGGAAUCCUUUAAAUAUAUAUGUACAAAUGUGGGGAGUUUGUUAAAAGAAUGCGAAUCGUUAACGCACUGCUCAACUAUUAUUUUGCUUGCAAUUAUUCCAUAAAUCCCCUGUCAUAAAGUAUUUUUCAAUUUCAGUUUUCAAUCAUCACUUUCGAAUUAGCGUAAUAUUCAAUAUUUGGCUCGCACUCAAAUGCAUUCACUGGCGAUGGCUGCCUGCCUGUGCAGCCUUAAGCUAACUCCAAAAACUGAGCUAAAAACUUUUAUUCAUUGACUUAA